UCCGUUUCUCUGCAAUCUCUUCACUCUCCCACCACAGGACAUUCACAGUCCCAAAUAUAUAACCCCAAAAAAUAAAAAAUAAAAAUAAAAAAGAGAGAAAAUAAUGACUUUUUUGGGGGGUUAGUUAGGGUUUGAUUCAAGUUUUCUGACUGUUGCAGGAAAAUUUUAGUUCAGUUGCAUUAAUGGCGUCAUCAUCUCUACCAUUACAAGAGCUUCACUUUCUCUCCCCGAGAACUACUUCGAAGCACCGGUUUUAUCUCUCUAGAUGUUCUUCUCUCUCUAGAGUUUCUCUUGCUGGGAACGGACAUUUAAGGAACGGUGUCGUGCGUUCUCGAGUUCGAGCGCGUAAAGAGGAAGGAGUUUCCUAUGAGGAAAGGGAGCGAGAAUUUAUCAAGGAAGUCAACGGUGGGUUUGGAUCGAAUGGGAAUGGUAGUGCUAGUAAGUACGUGUAUAAGAAUGGAUCGGUUGAGGGAUAUAAUAAUACCAACGGUGGAGUAGGAGUGGUGGAGAGUGAGGGCAAUGGGAGCUUGGUCAAGUAUGUGAACGGGAAUGGGAAUGGGAAUGGUGCGGCGGCGGAAGUGAUGGCAGCGGAGGUGAUGCAGGUGGUAGAAAAGGAAGGAGUAGUUUCGGAGGAGGCGAGGAAAAAAAGGGUAGAAGAUAUUGGGAAAGAGGAGGCUUGGUUCAAGCGGAGCACUCAAGACCAGGUCGAGGUUUCUGUUGCUCCUGGGGGACGUUGGAGUAGAUUCAAAACCUACUCAACAAUACAGAGGACCUUGGAAAUAUGGGGAUUUGUUCUAACUUUUGUAUUUAAGGCAUGGUUGAACAAUCAGAAAUUCUCCUAUCAAGGAGGAAUGACUGAGGAAAAGAAAGUUCUAAGGCGGAAGGCCCUGGCAAAAUGGUUAAAAGAAAGCAUCUUGAGAUUGGGUCCUACUUUCAUCAAAAUUGGCCAGCAGUUCUCCACAAGGGUCGACAUUCUUGCUCAAGAAUAUGUUGAUCAGUUGUCAGAGCUACAGGAUCAAGUUCCACCUUUUCCAUCAGAGACUGCAGUAUCCAUUGUUGAAGAAGAGCUUGGAGCUCCUGUGGGUGUUAUCUUUGAUCGGUUUGACUAUGAACCCAUUGCUGCUGCUAGUCUUGGCCAAGUCCAUCGAGCAAAACUGAAAGGCCAAGAAGUAGUUGUCAAAGUACAAAGACCUGGUCUAAAGAGUCUCUUUGAUAUCGAUCUUAAAAACCUGAGGGUAAUAGCUGAAUAUCUUCAGAAGAUAGACCCAAAGUCAGAUGGUGCAAAGCGAGAUUGGGUUGCAAUUUAUGAUGAAUGUGCAAGUGUGUUGUAUCAGGAAAUUGAUUACACAAAGGAAGCUGCCAAUGCAGAAUUAUUUGCCAGUAAUUUCAAAGACAUGGAUUAUGUGAAAGUUCCAUCAAUAUACUGGGAAUACACCACACCACAGGUCUUGACAAUGGAGUAUGUUCCUGGGAUCAAAAUAAACAAGAUUCAAGCUUUAGAUCAGCUGGGAGUUGAUCGGAAAAGGUUGGGCAGAUAUGCAGUUGAAUCUUACUUGGAACAAAUUUUGUCUCAUGGUUUUUUCCAUGCUGACCCACAUCCAGGAAAUAUUGCUGUUGAUGAUUUUAAUGGUGGACGGUUGAUCUUCUAUGACUUCGGCAUGAUGGGAAGCAUCAGUUCAAACAUCAGAGAAGGCUUGUUGGAAGCAUUCUAUGGAAUCUAUGAGAAGGAUCCUGAUAAGGUCCUUCAAGCAAUGAUUCAGAUGGGCGUUCUUGUUCCUACUGGAGAUAUGACUGCUGUCAGACGGACGGCACAAUUCUUCCUUAAUAGUUUUGAAGAGCGACUUGCUGCUCAAAGAAGGGAGAGAGAAAUGGCUACAACAGAACUUGGAUUUAAGAAACCAUUGACAAAGGAGGAAAAGAUUGCAAAAAAAAAGGAACGCCUGGCUGCAAUCGGGGAAGAUUUAUUAGCCAUUGCAGCAGAUCAACCCUUUCGAUUCCCUGCCACAUUCACAUUUGUUGUCAGAUCAUUUUCAGUAUUAGACGGCAUCGGGAAGGGCCUUGAUCCUCGGUUUGACAUAACUGAGAUUGCAAAACCCUAUGCACUGGAGUUGUUAAAAUUUCGUGAAGCUGGAGUUGAAGUUGUGUUGAAGGACUUCAGAAAGAGAUGGGACAGGCAGUCCCGUGCGUUCUAUAACUUAUUUAGGCAGGCAGAUAGAGUUGAGAAGCUUGCUGAAAUCAUCCAAAGAUUGGAGCAAGGUGAUCUGAAGCUCAGAGUACGAGCUUUGGAGUCUGAAAGGGCUUUCCAACGUGUUGCUACUGUUCAGAAGACUGUAGGGAGCGCAGUAGCUGCUGGAAGCCUGAUCAAUCUCGCAACAAUUUUGUACCUCAAUUCCAUUCGAGUGCCAGCUGUUGCUGCAUACGUCAUCUGUGCAUUUUUCAGCUUUCAAGUUCUUAUUGGUAUUAUUAAGGUGAAAAGAUUUGACCAGCGAGAAAGGUUGAUAACAGGAACUGCUUGAGUAACAGAUUUGAAGAUUCAACUCGGAGGAAACUUUGAUGAUAAAUCAAUCUCUACCCACAGAAACAAAGUGAGAGGCAUAGAUACACUACAUUUUUUGUUUGUUAAUUCAACAUAAAUGAAAGCCUUCAACUUGGUAAAUUUUUAGCCAAAUGGAUGUUUAACAGCUAAGCACUUGGGAUGGCCUUAAAAGCUCUCAAAGAUCUUGAUGAUGUUCUAGCCAGAGCUUAGUUGCGGCAAUUCCUGUAGCAACUUCAUAUUUUCAAUUCUCGAGUUAGCAGUUUUUUUAUCAUCGGCUGGCCUGAUUUUCAUGUAGCCUUUUAGCCAUAGCAUAGAUUAACUUCUGCAGAAAUUCAAUGUUUAAGUGUUAGCAUAAUGUAUCCCCCUGUCAAUUUACUAAGGGGCAUGUCUAUAAGCUGUGUAUAAUAUUUCAACAUACGAGAAAAUGUUGUGUAAUUUGUAAGUUAUACACCAUUCACAGACUACAAAUUCAAUUAUGGUUUCUAUCUUAA